AGUGACAUAUACUUUGAAAUUUAAUUCAAAUUCGGAUUUCUGGUUUUGUGAAUUAACUUAAAUUGUUUGUAUAGCGAAUACUCGCGUAUAAAUUGACACGCUAUGGCGUCGUUUAGAAAAUGCAAAUGUUGUUGGUCGCUUGGCCAAUCCCAGCGUAUGAAACAGGACCCCACCACUAUUUUAUGGAAUUCGUCAAUAACUCAGAACCCCCUACACGAAUGCAAUCGCAGGCAAAUCACCCUUGAAGAGCUUUAUAACACCUGUUGCCGUCCAAAAUCCAAAAUUAAAAAGGAUGUAGUGCCUGAAGAAAAAGCAAUUUUGAAAAAUGUCCCCAUUCCUGUCCGGUUACGAAAAACCGGAUAUCAAAACCCACCAACGACUCCAAAAUGGCGGCAAAUGCACGAAGAAAAUGAAGCUCAGGAUGAGGAUCAAAAACAAGAGGAGGCCAAAUGGCAGGAUUGGAUAAAAAAGCGACAUGCUCUGGACCUUUUCCAUCGCCUUUGGGAGAAAAAUCGAAGAAUUUCGGCACAAAGACGAAGAAAAAUGGUUCAAGAUGCCAAAGAGGAGGGUCGGGAUCCAAGCCUGAAACCCUAUGUACACUUAGACAAAAACACCCCAGAUCCACGGAAAUCUAUAACGAAGCCGAAAAGAAAACUCAUUGAUGCCGAAAAAGCUGUCCAACAAUUCUUUCCCACAAAGAAAUGCAGUAAGACCUCCGUACUAGGCAUACCUAAGGGUCAGAUAAUGUCAACGCCAUUUGGAAUUUAUCGGGAGGCUAGGGAAAAUAGACAAACCCGAAUGAUUAUGCCAACUUUCGAUCGAAUGCUUAAAAAUUUGAGUGUCCCAGAACAUCAUCAAACCCUCAAAAGCCGUCACCAAAUAGACUCAACCCCCCGUUUUAAAAGAGAUAUUGAAAUGGUUUACAAAAAUGCCCCUCGGCCUUCCAAACAUGUUGAUUUUCAUGAAAAAGAACAACUGGAAUCAUUUAGAAAGGAAUUCACAAAAAGUACGGAGGAGUCACCAAAAAAAGGAGGGAAGACCGUAACUAUAAAAGAUGAUCAACCACAGUUUUCAAAAGCGUUUGGAGAACUUCUAAAGAGCAAAAAGUUUAGAAUUCCGGAACAUCAUACAGCCUUACGAAGUCACCAUCACAUAAAACUCAAGUCCGAAAUAAGUGCAGAAAAUUCCCAAAUGACGACACGUUCGUCAGAACCGGAUUGGAGUCUUUGGGCUCCAGAGCUGGCAAAACAAGCCCAAAGAUCAAGCUUGAAAAAGCAACUGAGCUCCAAAAGUUUGUCCUCAAAACGUCGCAAAUCAAGUGACAAAAUUAAGAACGUAAAGCCGAAAUUCACACAAGACUUUAGAAAAAUGCUAAAGGGAGUAACCGUUCGAAAACCAGAACUUCAUACAGCUCUAACAAGCUUACAUAAUUUAGUGGUCAACCCGAAAAAAGGCCAUGAAAAACAACUGGGAUCUGAUGAUGAUAGCUUCUCCUCGGAUGAAGUGGUACUCAAAACGGGCACGUCUAAAGUCUUUCCGGACAAAAAAAGUUCUAUGAGCGGCGAUGUGUCCUCGAUAAUUACAAAUUCUUCAUUACAAAGAUCAAAAAGACUCAAGGGACAUCUGAAAACAUUUUCGGAUUAUAUAAGGUAUUCAAAGCCAGAUUUGUUGCUCCAUAGAAAUAAGAACAAGGAUACUAAUCCUUCCUAUCUGGCCGACACCUCGAGCUUACAAAGCAAAAGAGAAUCUCGGGGUACUAAAAAUAAGAGCCUGGAAAAGAGCUCCGAUAUAGGAAAAGAGGAUUUCGAUUCAGAUAAUUCAGUUUCGUCCGAUAAGUCCGGCACGACUGAAAAGAGAGACGCGAAACGUACCACUUACAAUGCCAUGAAAAUCAGUCUCAAGAAAAUGGAAUCUAUAAGAUCGGUGCUACUGGAUCCCACUCUGCUCACCAGUCCUAGUAACGAAGCCGGAGAUAUGGACUUGGACGCAAUCAUACGCGAAAAACGGAAAGCUGUAAUGGAUAGUAUUAAAAAUUUUUCCAAAGUGGGAAUAGCACGCGAGGACUACCGUCCACCAAGGGAGGAAAGAAACUUUAUCCAGGAAAACAUUGAGAAUAUCCGGAAAAUGUCGAGAAAAAUCACCGAAGCUUCUAAAGGGAUACAGAAGGGUCCGGAUGUAUUCGCAACCCAUUACUUUUAUCUGCCAUGGUAUCAGAGCCCCAAACGAGAUCAACUUGAAGAGAGCCAGUAUGGUUUCUCUUUACAAAAUAUUACGGAUAGUUGGGCACAUCCUAUAGUGGCAUCGAUGAAGCCCAUGCGAAUCCGUCGUUAUUCACUCAAUGGGUGGCGUAAUCUCAUGGAACAGUACUGGGAGAAAAUCAAACUCCUGCGAAAAGACACAUCUCCUGAUGUGGGUGAUGGCUUGCACAAAAAACCGGAGAAAUGUGAUUGCUGCGUAUGCUAUACUCUUGCUAAAGGAACCGAACCAGACAGCGCACUCAUUAAGAAAAUCAAAACCCAGUGGCGUCGUAUCGAGCUCAGAAACUUCUACUCUCAAAUGCGUGAAAAGGAACGUUUAGAUUCCAGUGACUGCCGGAAAGAAUCAAUUUUAUAUGCCCAUAAUCAUACCUGCGAUCAGUAAGAUCAGGGGACUCAGAAUAAUAGUAAAUUCAUAUAUUGUUUUGAGUGUCCAGCGCUUACUGUCGUCUGUAUGAUUUUUAAGUUUUAUGAUCCAUCACCAUAAGUAAUAUCCGUUUUCUGUGGAGAUCUUGUCAACACCAUUUGGAUAUAGUGGACUGAAAAUAGCGAAGCUUAAUAGCGAGAACACCUGCACUUCGUACUACGACUUUCUCACCUGUGGGCCCGCCUACAUGCAGUCUGUGAUUUGCAAACCGGAACCUGUGCCGGCCAGGACUCAGCCGGAAAAU